AUGUUUGGGAGCGUCGGCCGAGGGCAGAGAGCCCCCACCCCGGACUUGACAGCUGAGUACGAGGUGGAAACAGUUGCGCUGCCUGAUCAUGAGUACUGUUUAAAUCCAGCGACGGCAGUGAUGGCAAAUCAGGUGGCCGACGAGAACGAAGCCUUGAAAAUGCAGGUUAGGGAGCUCCAACACCAGCUGGAAGUGUUACAACUGCGAUCUCGUUUCGGGAUACAACGCCUGGCAGGGUCGGACGAGGACAUUCGUUUCUACACCAGAUUUGCCACAUACAAGCAUUUCCUUGCCUUUUGGAAAUUGGUGGAGCCAGCAGCCAACACCAAGAUGGUGCGGAUCACCAACGCCAAGGCAUCCUCUGCCAGCAGCUCGGAUUCCUCUCAACCAACAACGAAACUUCCACCCAUAGAUGAGCUGCUGCUGUUCCUCAUGCACCUGUCAGUGGGCCUACAUCUGAGGGAUCUAGCAGAACGGUUUGGCAUUCACCGCACCACAGUCAGCAGAAUUAUUUCCACCUGGACACACUUCCUAUACCAACUGCUUGGAAGCCAACGUCUGUGGAUCCCACGCGAAGUUGUCAGAGCUCACCUUCCACCAGAGUUUUCAGCUUUCCCUAACACACAAGUGGUGCUUGACUGCACUGAAGUAUUCUGCCAGACUCCAUCAUCUCUCCUGCUGCAGAGUGAGGUGUUUUCAACAUACAAGUCUCAUGCUACAUUCAAGGCCAUGAUCGGCAUGGCACCACAUGGUGCCAUUACAUUUGUGUCUGGCCUGUAUGCAGGAUCUAUGAGUGACCGGGAGAUUUUCAAGCUGUCUGGCAUCGUGAGCCUGCUCACACCAGACAUGGCAAUAAUGGUCGACAAAGGGUUCCUUGUGGACAAUCUGGUUGAGUGCAAAGUUUACCGGCCUGCCUUUCUGUAA